UCUUCAAGAUUUGUGAUAAAUAGGAAAUGCUUUUUAGUUUUAAUGGAAGUUCUGUAAUGGAAACCCUAAGCGUGUGCAUUAUAUUUUGUAAUUUUGAUGUUUAGAUUCUAGUUUUGGUAAGUGCUUAUCCGAAUUUGGAGUAACGAGUUUAUGGUCAACCAUUCAAUAAAUUUUUGCUUGAUCACUUAGAAUUAGAAUAUAGUGUUUCUGCUUUAUAAUCUGAAACCUUCAUUUGUGUUAUAGGGCAAUUUUGUCUCAAUAUUACAAAGUACAAACCAUUGAUGCUCAAUGUAAGCGUUGGAUUCAUAGUUUACUUAACUACAUAUCUGACGCAAUCCUUUUUUUUCUUUUCAGUGUUGGGAUCCAUAUCUAGUCUUUCAAAUGUCGAUUCUAUCCCGAUGCUAAACGGAUCUAACUUCUCGGAAUGGAAAGAACAAUUGUUACUUGUCCUCGCCCUUAUGGAUCUUGAUCUUUCCCUCAUGAAAGAGCGUCCAAGCUCUCCUAAGGAACUCAAGCAUUGGGAACGCUCUAAUCGUGUGAGUAUAAUGAUAAUGAGAAUCCGGAUUCCGCAAGAAUUCAGGGGCGUUGUCCCCGAUGAUGUUACAACCGCAAAAGAAUUGCUUACCGGGUUGGAGAAUUUCUUUGUGAAAAAUGAAAAGGCAGAGAGAAGUAGGGUGCAAGCAGAAAUUUCCUCAUUGAGUUAUAGAGACAAUGAGAAUGUUAGGGAGCUUAUUAUGAGGAUGAAAACCCUCGAAGCGAAACACAAGAGACUUGGGAUUGAUAAUAUCUUCUCGGAUGACAAGAUGUUAGCGCAUUUUGCAGUCAAAAUGCUGCCAUUACAGUAUAUUAGGCUUCGAAACGUUUACAGUUGUCUCGAAGAGAAUUUUGUUAAUGAAAACGGUAGAUGGCACAUUGGGGAGAUAUGGUCUACUAAAGAGCUCAUCAGUCGCUGCGACAUGGAAGAGGAGACUUUAAGGAGGGAAAUUGCAGAUGAAGCCAAACGCGAAAACUAAAAAAGGGAACAAUGAGAGUGUGUGGUGUAGGAGAAGCAACAGAAGAAACCUAUGCUUAGGAAAUGAUGUUGAAAUGCUUAGAAUAAGAAACAAUGAGGCAUUUGGGAGAUUUCUAUGAGAUAAAAUCUCUCUGUGUGUUGUAUUUUGAAGCAUAUCCUUAGUUGUUAUUGUGUGUGAUUUCAGAUGAAUUUUGAUUUCAAUUUCUGCUUAGGAUAUGUAAUAUUCCAUUAUGCCAAA